CUUAAGCCUCUGUGUUUCCCCUUGUCCUCUGUCGGAUCGUUUGUUCUUCUACCCCCUGUCUUCCAUGGUGCUGUCCAGAUCUCCUGAGCUUCUUCGUCUUUGAAUCCCCGCAUUGAAUUUCGACCGCUACGUCGAUAAUGGCCACUGGAAACUACGUCCCUGAGCUUAUGGAGUACGCACAGAAAACAGGCUCCAAGGUGACUUUUGAAGAGUUGAGCUCCGUGGGACAGGACCAUGAGAAGAUAUUCACCCAGAGGGUAGUCUUCAACGGUAAGGAGUAUCCCGAAGGUGUGGGGACGACCAAGAGGGAAGCCAAGCGUAAUGCUGCUGGAUAUGCCUGGAGUGGCUUGUUGGAGAAUGAACAUGCCAGGGACCACACGAUGGCAUCAUCACAAAGCUCACCAAUGAGUAUAAGUGACUCCAUAGUAUUCAUGGACACAUCAAACCCUCACAAUAAUCAGGUUGCUGUGGAAAACAAGGGUAGGACCGAUAGAGUGAGUAGCACACCAACCAAGUCCAGAUUUACAUCAGAGUUUGAUUCAAUAAAGUAUCUUGGGGGAGGAACCUUUGGUCGGGUGUGCGAAGUAAGAGAAAUACUGCUGAACAAGAAGUAUGCCGUCAAGGUUGUCAGUGUUAAAAAAAAAAAUAGCAAAAAAACUCUGCGAGAGGUGAGGGCAUUAUCAGACCUUCUUCACCACAACAUUGUGCGCUACUACACUUGUUGGAUGGAGGAUACAGGUUACAUGCAGGACAGUUCAGCAGACAGCAGCUCUUCUCAGGAAUCACAGCCACAGUUCCUAUACAUUCAAAUGGAGUUAUGUGAUUCCAAAACACUUAAACACUGGAUAAAAGAGAGGAAUACGAGAACUCUGCCAGACUCCAACAGACGACAGGAGAGUCUAACCAUCGCUCAACAAAUACUCAGUGGAGUCGAGCACAUUCACAUCAAAAAACUCAUCCACAGGGAUCUGAAGCCUGCCAACAUCCUGUUUGGACCGGAUGGAGUAGUGAAGAUUGGAGACUUUGGUCUGGUCACUGCUGAUGAUGAUGACGAUGAAAACCCAAGGGAGAGAACUAACGAAACAGGAACCCCUUCUUACAUGGCUCCAGAACAAUUUGAGACCAUCUAUGACCGGAAGGUGGACAUAUUCGCCUUCGGGCUGAUAUACUUUGAACUCCUCUGGAAAGUCUAUACUGGCCAUGAAAGAGUGGAGGUUUUCAGAGAUGCCAAAAAUCAGAAGUUCCCCAGAGAGUUUCCACUUACUUUUUCUCAAGAGGAACAAAUAAUGAGGUCAAUGCUGUGUAAGGAGCCAAAACAACGACCUGAAGCAAGUGCUCUAAAGGCAGAGCUGGAAAAGUUGGCCCACACUCUCAAACCUGAAACAACUGAACAUCAGCAAAAUGUAACAGUCUGACAGUCACACACGCAGGAGGUUAUAAACAUAAACAGUCUCCUCUGAUUAUACAUUUCGAUGUUUUAUGAUUUAUGAUGUUGAUGGCUUUUAUUGUGCUUUAACCUGAGAUCUGUAGCCUACAAACAACUCAUACUCAACUGCACACACACUCAAACACAAACAGACCGGUUGAAUGCACUUAUUGUAUAAGUCACUUUGGUUAAAAGCAUCAGCUAAAUGUAAUGUGAUGAAAUCUAACAUAGCUAUGACAAUGGGUGGCAGUUAUGGGUGUUUUGUGGGGCUUGUCAUACAAACAGUAGCAUGAAUGAAAUAUAAAACCAAAUUUUAUCAUGAACCCCGGAAAAUUAUCAUGUGACGCCCAUUAGGGGCGGGAUCUCCAGGUUGAUUACAAGUGUACUAAAUAAUCAUCAAAGGGAAUGACUAUUGGGGGAACUCUGUGUUAGCCCCCACCCCCAUACUGCUCGGAACCUGGGUGUGACACUCAACAGUAUUUUCUCCCUUACCGCCAACAUUACUGCAACAACACAUUCCUGUAGAUACAUGCUGCACAACAUCAGGAGAAUACGUCCCCUUCGCACUCAGAAGGCAGCACAGGUUCUGGUCCAGGCUCUUGUCAUCUCACGCCUAGACUACUGCAACUCUCUCCUGGCAGGUCUACCUGCUAGCACCAUACGACCUCUGCAGCUCAUCCAGAAUGCAGCAGCUUGGAUCGGGUCCAGUCUACAUCCAGUACAUGAUCAAACAUUACACCCCAGCCCAUUCACUUCGCUCUGCAUCUGUCGAUCGGCUUGUGGCUCCCUCACUGCGAGCUAAACACUCAACAAAAUCACAACUGUUUGCUGUCCUGGCUCCUGAAUGGUGGAAUGAGCUCCCCAAUGACAUCAAGAGAGAAGAAAGUCUAAAUAUCUUCCACCGCAAACAAAAAACACACACCUUCCGACUAUACUUUGAAUAAAAGUUUAAACUAACAAUUUAGUAGCACUUAAAUGGUACUUACUUAUAGCACUUUGUAGUUUGGCUUUCUUGAAGAAAAAGUACUUUCUUGAUUCUUGUUACGGGUUUGUACCCUCACGGUUGAAUGCACUUAUUGUUAGUCGCUUUGGAUAAAAGCGUCAGCUAAAUGAAAUGUAAUGUAAUCAAGAAAUAUUUUAUUCAUUGAUGGAAAUGUCUUAUGUUAUGUAAAAGUGUUUUAAAUCAUGACAGCCAUUGCUUUGUAAUGAUUAUUAUAAGGGAAAUAAAAUUGUGGUUAUCUA